CUUGAAGGAAAUGAUCAGACGGACAGACAGAUAGGCUAGGAGAACGCCAUCAUGGACCUUGGUAGGCUGCUCCUGCUGGUACUCAGCAGUGCCGUCUGCCACAGCACCGAUUCAACGUACUAUGGUGGGACUAUGCGCUGUACAGUGCCGGGAUACAUUCCCCCGGACUCGAAAUGGACAGGGGAGGUAGGUUCCUACGAGUGCAUAACUUGAUUUGCAAUAAAUAGUAAAUAAAUAGUCUACAAAGUAUAUGCCAAACCUGCCAGUGCCUUUACUACUGUAACACUCAUAACCAGUGGUGGGAAAAGUACCCAAUUGUCAUACUUGAGUAAAAUUAAACAUAGAAAAUGACUCAAGUGAAGUCAUACAGUAAAAUACUACUAGAGUAAAAGUCAUACAAUUAUUACUUUUAAAUGUACUUAAGUAUCAAAAGUAAGUGUACUUGCUAUAAUAUAGGAUACUUAAGUAUCAAAAGUAAAAGUAAAUGCUAUAAAUCAUUUCAAAUUCCUUUUCAAACCAGACAGCACGAAUUUUUAAUUUUUAUUUUUUAUGUAUGGAUAGCCAGAGGCAUACUCCAACACUCAGACAUAAUUUACAAACGAAGCAUUUGCGUUUAGUGAGUCCUACAGAUCCGAGGCAAUAGUGAUGACCGCUUGUUCCAGAACCGAACAUUUUCCUGUCCUGCUAAGCAUUCGAAAUGAGUACUUUUGGGUGUCAAGGGAAAUGUGGGUAAAAAAGUACAUAUUUUCUUUACAGGUACGGGGGGGACAUGACCCACCCACAUUCUGAAAUUGAAUUUUUUUCCCCCCCUAGUUUUAUCAUUGCACCGUUAUACAAAAAGCUGCAUCAGUGUGUUUUAGUACCAUGCAGACACCUCAGAGCGGUCGGGUAUGUUGUUUGGCGGUUUCAACUGGCUGGAUUUAAGAUCCGUGCGGACACCGCAGAUCGUGCGGACAGGCUGUGGCUGCAGUCCAAACUCAAAGUUGACAGCGCUUGGCCCCAAACCCUCAGCCCUUGAAUGACGUUUUCACAUCCGAGUGUACCUUAAAUGUCCCUUGCCCAAGCGAGGGAGAGUGAUGAUCGGAGAGGCAAACUUGGUGGAAAUCUAUAAAUUGAUCUUAAAAGCAACCAACCUAAAGCUAUUAAUGUACCUAGGCAGCACUCCUUUCAGGUAGCUAGCUACAGUUACCCAUAGCUGGCUAGCUAGUUUUCGUUUGGUCAUUUAUUCCAAUACAUUUAAGAAUUCCAAAAAAUAUGUUUAUGAAUCUAGCAAUGUUUUAUAGGCUCCUCACUUCAAGACUAAGGCAAUUUGCCACAGCUAAAAUCAAUGUCUUCUAUAUAUAUUUUUUAGCACGCUUGCUUCAUAAUUUUGUCUGACAUGCCGAAAAUGCAGCAUUGUUGAUUACAUUUGACACUUGGCGGCCACCAGAGUUUGACACAUGACUACAGUUUGCAUUGAAUUGUGGGUCAUAUCAACCCCACAACUAAUCAAAGUGCUCCAUUCGCUCCCUCGAGCUAAAUCGAGGGUCGAGGGGGCAAUGUUUGUGAAUUGAACCUCCACUUAAGAUGGCAAUCAAACUGCAUCCGGUUUCGACCGGGAUUCCCCUGGAAAGAGGCUAGCGCGAAGGCUGAGGGGGUAAAAAUAAUGUGUUUGGACUGCAGCCUGUUAGAAGCCAAAGUUUAUGAACCGACACGGAGAGAUGAACAGAGGUAGCUGCUGUCUGUGUUGCGCUUUUUCUCCGAGUUGUUAAAGCACUUUUUUUUUUAAACAUAGUCCCCCCAUUUUAGGGGGAGCAAAAGUAUUGGGACAAAUUCAUUUGUAUGUGUAUAAAAGUAUUAAAAAGUUAAGUAUUUGGUCCCACAUUCAUAGCAUCCAAUGACUACAUCAAGCUUGUGACUCUACACAUUUGUUGGAUGCAUUUGCUGUUUGUUUUGGUUGUGUUUCACAUCAUUUUGUGGCUAAUAGAAAUUAAUGGUAAAUAAUGUAUUGUGUCAUUUUGGAGUCACUUUUAUUGUGAAUAAAAUAUGUGUUUAAACACUUCUACAUUAUGUGCAUGCUACCAUGGUUACGGAUAAUCCUGAAUGAAUCCUGAAUACUGAUGAGUGAGAAAGUUAGACACAAAUAUCAUACCCCCAAGACAUGCUGUCCUCUCACUAUUACAAUAACAGGGGAGGUUAGCAUUUUGAUAUUUGUGCUUCUAUAACUUUCUCACUCAAGCUGACUUUAAUCUAAAAAAUAUUUGUACUUAGUUACUUUACACCACUGCUCAUAACUAAUUUCACGUGGUAAAUGUACAAUUUCUGGAGGCAAAAGAAACACACACAAUGCAUUAAAAUGGUUGAAAUGAUGUAGCCUAAUUAAUAACUUUUGAGGAAUAUUUUUAUUUUUUUACAUGGAAAUUAAAAUGAAUGUCAGUAGAACAUGUGAUCAUACAGGUUUGGCAUGCACUUCCAAUAAAAAAUAAUCUAUAAACCAGCUCUGAUUCUGAAAGCCACGUGUUCAUCCAUGCCUUUUCUUUAGCCACUGUUAAAGAAAACUGUUCAGACAUGUAGAACAGAUGUCUGACCAAUCUUCAUUGAUUGGUGGAGUAUCAGGUAAAAGAUAGAACAUCAACAGACAAGGACAUGGCUAGGGUUGAUGACAGUACACUGUAAACCCCAAUGUGCUGUCAUUACUCAAAACUUGUGAGGAAACUCAUUGCACUUAAUAUGUCUUAAGUACAAUUACUUAACGUGAUAUAGUCACUGUGACCCUGUAGGGAUCCAGAUUUUAGUUGUAUCAGCUUGAACAUUUGGAGUAAUGCCCCCACUAAGCCACGCCUCCAAUAUAAUUUCCCAUUGUGCCUUGCCUUUUGGAGUGAAUUGUUGAGUUACCACCCAUUACUGUAUUUGUUAGUGACAGAGACAUGGUUGUUGAAUUUGUUCUUUUUUCAGUCCUGUGACCUUCACCAAGUGAGUUCCUAGGCGAAUGUUAUCAUUUUAAUUAACUCCUUAUGACAAUAAAUUACAUAUCUCAUCAGGCCUUAUUAUGAGUCCUAGCUUUACCCUAAUACAGUGGCCUGAAACUCAUGGUUUACAGGCCACAUAAGGUCUGCAAGUAACAGACUUAUCAUUUAGUUUUGAGUCAGUACUACUUAAACAUUAAGUAAAUAAUUACUUUUCAUUGAGUUCAACUUACUACAAGUAUUUGAGUUAAAAAUGCCUUGGGAUUUACAGUGUAGUUUGUGGUCAAUUCCAAGUAAUUUCCUGUUAGUAGAAUUGCAAAUGAAAAAUCUUAAAAGCAAUUCAUUAAAAAAAUUAACAGCACGCCGAAUCAAAUCCACAUCCAAUGAAAGUAAGGAAUUGAUUUAGCAGCUUUUCAACAUAAACUUGGUGCUGGAAGAAAUUGGGGGAAAGAUCGUCAAGUUGAUAAAUAGCAUGAGAAAUGGGACAAUAUUACAGUACAUUUACCAUCUAAUGCACACUUGAGAACCAUUCCAUAAGAUUAAUUAAUAGAUUAUAUCAAACAUGUAUUACUUAUUCUUUCUAUCUCGGUGCAACCAUUAUUAUUUCUAUCUUGAUUCAACCAUUAUUAUUUAUAUCUUGAUUCAACCAUUAUUAUUUAUAUCUUGAUUCAAUCAUUAUUAUUUAUAUCUUGAUUCAACCAUUAUUAUUUAUAUCUUGAUUCAACCAUUAUUAUUUAUAUCUUGAUUCAACCAUUAUUAUUUAUAUCUUGAUUCAACCAUUAUUAUUUAUAUCUUGAUUCAACCAUUAUUAUUUAUAUCUUGAUUUUACAUUUUUACAUUUACACGUCAUUUAGCAGACGCUCUUAUCCAGAGCGACUUACAGUUAGUGCAUACAUUAUUCUUUUUUAUUUUCAUACUGGCCCCCCGUGGGAAUCGAACCCACAACCCUGGCGUUGCAAACGCCAUGCUUUACCAACUGAGCUACCUCCCUGCCGGCCAUUCCCUCCCCUACCCUGGACGACGCUGUGGCCAAUUGUGCACCGCCCCAUUGGUUUCCCGGUUGCAGCCGGCUACAGCAGAGCCUGAAUUCGAACCAGGAUCUCUAGUGGCACAGCUAGCCCUGCGAUGCAGUGCCUUAGACCACUGCGCCACUCGGGAGGACUUGAUGCAACCAUUAUUAUUUAUAUCUUGAUUCAACCAUUAUUCUUUCUAGCUUGAUGCAACCAUUAUUCUUUAUAUCUUGAUUCAACCAUUCUUCUUUCUAUCUUGAUUCAACCGUUUCUAAUCAUUCUUAAUGCAACCUAUCUCCCCUAUCAGGGCCCUAUUUUCAAAAAGCUUCUCAGAGUAGUAGUGCUGAUCUAGGAUGACAUCCCCCCUGUCCAUAUACUCUUAUUCAUUAUGAUCUAAAAGGCGAAACUGAUCCUGUAUCAGCCUCCUACUCUGAGACUGUCUGUGAAUAUGGGCCCUGACCUGUGUGCUGGCAGGUACAAUUCCACUAUCGUGAGAAUGGCCGGGACAGGUGUGAACAGCAGUUCUCCUGGGAGUGCACCAGCGGCUCCUGUAAUGGCAGUGCAAACCGACAAGGACCUGUCGUGCAAACCAACAAGGACCAGUCAGGCCAAAACCUCUGGUGCCAGUCGGAGGGACUCUUCACUAGGAACUUCACUAGGGACCAGAAAACCCAAUCCUACACCCUGAGGUAAACUUGGAUUUUCUGUGUGUGGUGGAGGAAGGGGGGGUUAAUGUCAGCCUCUGGGUGUUUGGGUGUUAGAGACAGGAAGUAAUCUGUGGAAUGCUGUUUUGAAGAGUAAUAAGCAUGUCAUCUAGGCGUCUUAACGCCUCACCCCCCGACACACACACAAACCCCCUAUAGUUACUGUUGCUGUGUCUGUCGUGCUCCGAUCCCAUCAAACAACAUUUUGCUGGAUUUUAAUGUUGGAAAGACAUUGCAUUGCAAUCUGAGGACUGUUAUAUUGAUGAUGUGGAUGGAAUCGCUAGAAAAGACUGAUGAAUGAUGUCAUGUUAAUCUAAUACUUCAAUGCACUGAUUCAACCUCUCUUUGUAGUGACUCGGGUUGCUGUUGGGGCUCCAAUGUCAAUGGAAAGACCAACUGGACAAUGCACACCGAGGUGGAUUUGGGGUUACGGGUUAGCCCGGGGCCGCCAACGCAAAACACACCUCCUGUCACGGCAACUGUCCCAACCCUGCGGUAGGACCAUGAGGGAAGCAAACUGAAUGUAUAAAAAAUAGUUUCUGCCAAACAACCACGUACUAAACUUAGUGGCAUAUUUCAAACUGAGCCCUAUUAACCCUUUAGAACCAAUAGCGUCUGUCUCAGUAAUCUACAGCAGCAUUCUAGAAUUCUAUUGUGGUCUAAAAGGUUAAACAAUAUAUUCCGUUUAUACUCUACAUCUAGAUAACAACACAGUCAUGUCGCUGUUAUCUGUGAUUAUUAUCUACUAAUGAAAGUGUUUUGUUUCUCUCUGUGAUGUCAUGAGUAGAGUUCCUCAGAACUGCUUUUCCAGUCUUCCUCUCUUGGCCUAUGACCCGGAUGGAGAUGACGUGAGGUGCCACUUCCCUGUGAACGUCACACACCGCAACAUUACACUUGACAGGGUAAGAAAAUAAACAAUGUCCCUCCCUGCAGAUUGAUGUAGAUUCAAUCAAGCCCGUUUAUUAACGGUUUAGUGCAUGGGGUAUAUCAAGCUAGCUAAAAUCAUAUUGGUUGAAGAAUUGUUUACACUUCAAAGGCAUGUGAACAAUCCCCCCCAAUGUUUUUAUGAAUAUCGCUAGCAACAACAGAAUAAAAACAUUUCUUAUUACAUACCCACAGUAGAAAAGAGGAGAAUAUCUUCUUUCUAAUGAUGUCAACUUUUUCUCAACUCCUAAUAUUGAGCAAAUUACACUCAUGGGAUCCAAUUACACUCACUGGAGUAUCUGACAUAGGAUUUAAAAAAGCACCCGCCAAUAGGGGUGGCUUCAUGUGCUCGUGGGAAAUGGGAAACUGGGAAGUGGGAAGUCGUAAGUCCGACAUGAAUGUGUUCACGUGCCUUUGAAGGUGGAACAAUUCUUCAACCAAUAAGAUUUUAGCUAGCUUGAUAAGCUAACGUUGCUAAUAAUAAAGUUGGCUAGUUUGCUUAACAUUGACGAUAUGGUCAAACUAGCUACAUUAUCCUCAUUGAUAACGUUGGUAAUUGUCCAAAAAACGGAUUUGUUGUCAUCUUUUGGUUGAAAAGGUGAAAGGUCAGAGAACAUGGCAACUCGGGUAACAACAUUUUCUCCAAGUUUCCCACUUGUAAUUCCGACUUGGAGGGUCUUUCAAGUGAAAUUGUCCCACUUCCGAUAACUCGGAUAGCACGUGAACGCGGCAUAGGCUACAAGUGCGGCAAGUGCCGCUGGCUGCUGCUAAGCUUUCUUGACGUGGACAUAAUGUUUUGCCAACACAUGGCUAACCUUUGUUUAACCCGAUAAACAGCUGCUCUUAGCGAAAAUGUGUUUGGAGUUACCGUUCUAGCUAAUAGGGCUAUGUUAAAGUUUACACUUCAUCUUCCAAUUAUAAUGUGGGGAGGUCAAAAAUAAUGAAAACGAUCUACCAAAUCGAUUCAUUUUAAAACGUUGAUUACUUCUCCUUGCCAUUAUCAUUUACCUGAUGUGAAGAAGAAAAAAAAAACGUUUUUUUGCUAACGUAUGAUGUUGGUCCCUGGUUUGCCUGGGAGGGGGACCCUGGGCAAGAACAUGUUGAAGAUCCCUGGUCUAGUGUGAAAGACCCCUGUUCAUUAUUAUGUAUUAUAUCCCAUUCAAUCCACUUGAGCACUGAUCUAGAAUCAGCUUUUCCAUUUUAGAUCAUAAUGAAUAGGAUUACGUGGACAGGGAGAACCUGUUCCUAGAUCAGCAGUGUUAUGAAGGUGGGGCCCAGGAUUCACUGUAUCUUCUGAUCCCUCCAGGUCCAGUGUACUCUGCACGCCACAGGCCUGUUGGUUGUAGGGGUGCAUUUAUUUGAGAUCCUGCUGCAGGACCACCCCGCUGUAGAUGUCAACAUGACGGGAUAUAAAUCAAAUUAUACCAGGAAGGCCCUGAACGAGUCCUCUGUCAAUAACCCAACUCCGACCCCGUUCAGCCGCGUGCCCUUGCAGUUUGCUGUGGAGAGUAAGUAGCAUGUAUCACUCUCACAGUUGAAUGCCUCAUUUUGGCAUAGUGAACCAACCAAUCAAUUUAAUUACAUUUGAUUUCUAUAGCGUUUUGUCUAGUCGUAUAAUAUGUAUACAUCAGUGACGUAUAAUCAUUUGUCAAAAAAAAAGAACAGAAUUUGAGUUGCAUUUUGGAAAAGUGGCACAGGUUUGAAAAUUGAAAUCUUAGUUUGUUUAUGCAAAUCUUGUUUUGUUCACCUGGUGGAAUGACAGUAAAGAUGAUGAUGCAUUCCAAAAUGGCAGCCUACAUGGUGUUACUCUCCCUAACUACAAUCUACCUCUAUUUACUGAGAGCAGCACAAAAUGCUAUCAAUCUAGCAAAGAACAAACACCCUACUGCCCCUGAGAAUAUAAUCCCACAACAAUUUAGUCCGAAGUCAUUGUCAGUCAUUGUUUACAGACAUGUAUGUCCCUGUGGAUCCUCUAAAGGGGCAAUCUGGGAUUCCAACAACAACAAAGCGGACACCCUGCCACUUUCUUUGGUAAACAGCUGAAGGAUGGGGCUGGAGAAACGCAACCACUCUCAAAUGUAUAGACGGAGCUAUGGAUACAAGGACUGACCGUCCAUGAAAUCAAAAUGAUAGCUAUGGAUACAAGGACUCGCCAUCCAUGAGAUCCAAAUGAUAGCUUUAACCAUGUUAUGAAGCUACACAAACAAUAGUGAAACAAGCUUGUAUUUUGGGUAGUGAUUUAUUAAGACAGUUGAACUAAGCUCCUGAGGCAUUUAUAUAAAUGAUAGUCUUCAAGAAUCAAUGUCUAUGUAUCAAUAAUUGAAUAGUCCAAUAAUGGAUGUAGCAAUCCCAGAUGUAGCAAUUGCCCCUUUUAACACACCUACUAGAUGUCUAAAACAUGUCCUUUCUGUGGGUUUUAGUCCAGCCAACUCUGCCCAACUGUCUCCCUGGCUACAUACGACCACAGUUCUUGACUCCGACACCUUCACAUGGGGAUGUCCAUCAUGCUGCUGUGGGUCACCUGUACCAGCUCGAUGCCCGAGUAAAAACCUCCCAUGCCAAGUAAGAGUACCUCUCUCACCUACAUCACCUUACUGUCCAAAACUCCAUUGACUUCCCCUGUUGUUUUACCUCUGGACUGACUGCAGAGACACCACACCACUUAGCAAUGCUAGUUUUUUUUAAUUCAAUCUGAAACUGAACUUGAAACCAGCUUGAACAGCACAUGAAAAACCGGAACAUGAAUGAGAUGAACAGAGUUUGAUAUGAACAAAAUACUCCUUGGCAUCCUCACGCUUGUCCAGGGGUUGUAACUUUUCUGUCUUUCUGCUUCCUCUAAGGAUAUUUGACUUCCAGGUCAGCGGCCCUCCCAACAUGACCAAGAAGAUCCAGGAUGAGGGCUUUGGUGUCACGAGGCUCUUCCUGGGCUGGACCCCGCAGGAAAGCCACCUGAAACAAAACAUUCCCAUCUGUUUCACUGCCGAGACAAAUGAGAGGUACGUUAAAGGGACAUUUACAGUAGUUGUUGUGGUUGUUGUUGGUGUUGUUCUGUGGUCAUUGUUGUUCUUAAUUUCAGCCAAUCAGAGAUGAGAUGUGUGGUUGUGGCGGUGGCCAAAGGCCUCGCACUUACAGGUCAGUUGAUUUUCACCACCUCCAAUCAUUGCACUGUUGCUAGAUAGACUUCCAUGUAUGAUAUAGGGUAAGAUCCAAUCCUAACAUGAUGAUACACACAUAACCCCUCAUCUCCUCUGGGUACAGGUGAGGCGAAUGUUUCGUGCACAGCGAAUAGAAUCACCAUCGUCGUGAGCAAGGCCUAUCUGCCUGAGAUGGACAUGAAGUGGCUGCGGCUAGCAGACUCCUCCUGCUCCCUGACCUCCAACCAAACACACAUCAUGGGUACCAUGUCACUCAACUCCUGUGGCACAAAGAUGGAGGUAUGAGACACACACACACAUCACAUACUUGGAGGCAUGCCCUCUCUUUCUCCUCUCUUGUGUUUUGCUUCUUGUCUUCCUAAAUCUGGUUUCUCUCUCCUCCUCUAUCUAGGAUGCAGGUGACUUCAUGGUGUUCAAAAACGAAAUCAACUCCUUCGACGCGGUCAACGCAACCAUCACGCGACAUAACCGGAUCAACAUCGUCUUCUCCUGCCGGUACCCCAAGACUGUCAGCUUUUCCAACUACUACCAGAUCCACAGCUCCAACUACAUGUUCACCCAGUCCAACUUUGGUAGCUUCGGCUACACAUUUGAGGUCUUCAGGGACAGUAAGUUCAGCCAGAAGGUGGAUCCCAGUGCUUACCCAGUGAAGGCGAAGCUGAUGGACAAGCUCUACAUGGGCAUCCAGGCCCAGUCUGAUCUGCCCAAGGUACAGCUGUUGGUGGAGUCUUGCAAAGCCACCCCUGAUGACAGCGCCAGCAGCAGUGUCUUCUACGACCUCAUCAAAGACGGGUGAGGGGGGGGGGGGGGUCGCACAAAAGGGCUUUGGGCUUGAAGCUGUGAAAGAGGAAUAGCAGGAACCUGCCCGUCGUACUGUCUUUCUUACAUAUUGAACCUUUAUUUAGGCAGGGCGGAGUCCCAUUGAGACCAAGGCCUCCUUUACAAGGGAGCCCUGCAUGACAAACAAUUACACACCCAAGGCAGCAUAGGAAGUACACGACAUGUUUCCUGGUUUACCAACCCUGUUGCAUUAUGUGGCUUGAAAUGCUAAUCUUGUUUUGUUCACACUUAAGAGUAAAAAUGAUGAGAAUGACCGGUUACAUUGAACAAAAUAUAAACGCAAUGUUCAAUGCAAAUCUUAUUUUGUUCACCUGCAAGAGUAAAGAAUGUGUGAACAACAGGUAACAGUCAACAUAAUGUCGUAUUCCAAAAUGGUAAACAAUGCUGCUUUGUUUUCCCUAACAAUUUGUUUUGUUUUCCACAAUUGCUAUUUGUCUAUCAGCCUAUUGACUAAGAGCAACACAACAUGCUAUUGUCAAGCGCUAUUUGUCUAUCAGUCCAUUGACUAAGAGCAGCACAACAUGCUAUUGUCAAGCUUAAAAUGGGACUGAGAGAUUGCGAAACGUAAUCAUGAAUUAAUUUGUCUCCAUCCUGUCUUAGUAAAAUGUUAUUUCUUUCUUUCUUUCUUUCUUUUUCAAUGAAGGUGUCUAAAGGAUGAGACUGUCAAAGUUUAUCCCGGUAACCUAACCCAAUUCUACUUUGAGGUCCAGGCCUUCAAAUUCACUGGGAGCUACGAUCAGGUAAAACUUCACAUCAAAAUGAGUUUACUUAACGUUCUUUCUUUCUUAGUUAUAUUUACUCACUUUAUUAGAGUAUAAUCAUGUUGCAUCAAUAUGGAAUUUACCUGAAGUCAUCAAAAUGCACAGAUUUUGUCUUAUUUAGACCCAGAUUUCAACCUGUGAUAAAUGUGUAUUUCACAUUAUUUCAAUGAAAUAUCGAUCCAAAUGGUUGAUUGUGGAUGUUGAUCCAGUAUUAGGAAAAUCUUCUUGGAUGGUUCAUCUCCCUUUCACAUCCCAUGACCCUCCUUUAGGUGUACCUCACCUGUACCGUCAUCCUGUGUGAGCUGGGAAACCCCAACUCUAGGUGUGCCCAGGGCUGCCUGAACAAAGGCUUGCAGAGGCGCAGGCGAGAGCUCCCCAACGGAGAGACAGACAGGCACUACAUAACCCAGGGUCCUUUCCUUGUGGUCAGAGAGGCCCAGCCCGGUGCAGACCAGAAGACCGGUGCAGUCGAGGAGACGGGUGCAGGCGAAAAGACCCGUGCAGGUAAUUACCCCGCUUUUUAUGGAAUGACAACAUUACAGAAUUUGGUACCUGGAGGAAAACGGGGACGGGUCAUGCUUUUUCAAUUUCAGUCACAGAGGGUUUAGUAUUUUUUGACAUCUAGUCCCGGGGAGGGUCAUGUAAUUUAUGAAAUGUAAAUAUUUCUCAGUGUUUUAGAAUGAGUUGCUUAUUAGGCUCUAUAUCGAUGUGUUCCCGACGCCGCCCCUCAUCUCUGACUCUCCGCUGGGCGCGCAAUAUCAAGUGAGCCUAUAGGCUAUUUAGCGUGGUCUCAAUCAUAUGAUCCAUAGCCUAUAGGCUAUUUAGCGUGUCUCAUCAUAGAUCCAAACCAUAGGUAUUUAGCUGGUCUCAUCAUAGAUCAUGCCCGUGGCUAUUAGCGUGGUCUCAACAUAGAUCCAACUAGGCUGAAUUACACUCUGCAAUGGAUAUUCCAACCCUGAGCCCUGGACCUGCUCUGCUCUUGCCGAUCAAAUAACGUUUUUGUGUGCUGCCUGACCAAUGGCUGUGCUGUGUAGGCCUAUGGUGGCAGUUCAGGAGGAGAGUCAAAGGCUUCCUCUGAAAAGUUUUUUUUUCAUUAGGCCUAGUCCAAAAAAUGUACUAUUUUGCGCUCAGAUUAGCCUAUAGCCUAUGUUCUGUUCAGCUUGAGAAUGAGAGCGCGAAGGUGAGAAGGAGGACCAGAGGUCAACUCUGAUAGCUUGCUACCACUAUAAUUGAUUUGAUUAAAAACAAUAUGUUUCUUGCCCAUGAUGUAUUUAUCAGAGUUAUUGACCUCACAAUAAGCCAGAUUCGAGUAACUUGCAUUGUUGUGCUAGAAACUAGAAGCAGCAGCCGCGGCACAAUCAAUCGGAAAUGAACAGCUCAUCGUGCUGAAAUUAGGCAAAUUCCAUUAGGCAUAAUUCAUUUCAACUGUCUUCAUUUUAAUUAGACUUUACUAACAACAAGAGGGCUUUGUGUUGGAGCCUAUUUCUUCCUAUUGAAGAAAUAAGAGGUAGGCCUACCUGUUUGACAGAUGAAAUUAGGCCAUAGGCUGCUAUAUCCAUAGAUGUGUCUGUCAAUUCCUCCACCCACCAUGCACUCUUUAAAUCAACCUUUUUAAAAUAGCCUACCUCUGUGUCAGGGAAGGGCUGUUAAGUUAAAACCAGGACUCGAAUUGAGGGGGUAUGGGAGGGGAUUCCAUAGGCCUACCUUUUAUUAAAGAAUAUAGCAAAAAUUCAUAGGCCUACCCUUUGUUAGCUUAAGAUUUUGAAGAAAAUAAAACUGAUCCGAUUAUAUAAAAGUGAUCUAUAACAGCGCUUUGGUCCGUGAUGCUAUACUCUAGAAACAAGCUGUAAAAUACCCGGGAAAGACGCGACUCCGGUGCAUAUGGGGAUAUCAUUGUUUAGUUUCUUUGACAUUCAGAGGCGGAGCUACAACCGAGGAGACCAAAAAUGGACUUUGCUUGGAAAGUAAUCUAAUUCUGUCACUAUCAAUUGAUUAAGCUAUUCACUUUCUGUACAACAGAAGAUGUUUAAACCCAGACAGCUUUUAGGGAAACACUUGUGACCUUCUCUCGUUGGAUUAAGCCACGGAAGAAGAGUAGUUAGCAGUUAAAGCUUACAUCUUUCUGCGUCGUUAGGCCUACUCUGUCCAAGGACAAUGCUCAGAUUCCUAAUGACGUCUCAGAUGUAAUUAUUUGCAAACAGGAACAGUUUCGUUGCAAACAAGACACACUGAUUUGGCAUUGGAGAGAUAUGAUAAGAUGAACAAAUACGCAUAUCUAUCUGUCUAUUCUUAGCUGUAAUUUGGGUCAUUUGUGUGGUAUUAAAAAAUAUUCUACUAAUAUGUAAAAUGAUGUAGAAUUGCAUGACAUUUUUAUAAAAGGCUAUUUAUUCUCGGACCUGCACAUACGAUGAUAGAUUCAUGGAUUGCUUUUACUGUAAAGGAGAUGUUUCCACCCCUACUCUUGUCCACGGUGGUCUGUGAACCCACAACCUUCUGGCCCGCAGACCUGUGCACUAUCAACAUUCCUGCGUUGCCAAAUAAUGCAUACAGGACAAAGAACAGUUUCUACAUUUGCAUAUCUAAGGCUCUGCUCUGUCCAAGAAGUGAGAGUAAACGUUAGAUAUGUUCUCUGCUUUUCCACUUUGUUUUAAUUAUUAUUUUGGGUAUAAGGGAGGGUCACUUAAUUUUUUAUUUUUUAUGUAAGCGUUCAGGGAGGGUUUGGUAAAAUACUGUAUAUUUUGCUGAAGGGAGGGCCAUCCAUUUUCAUUUCUGAGUGGUCCGAUUUCCUCCAUGUAACCGUUAUUAUAAAUAACGUUCACUCCUUUAGUAAAGGGUUAAUUCACAUCAGGAUUAGACCAGAGAAACACCAGUAUGUCCCAGACAAUUAUGUUGAAGCAUUUAGGAUUAGGUUAUAUGGUUAACCAGACCUAAAACAUAACCCUAAACAUGCUGACUGGAUGGACUGUGUCCCAAUACUUUUUCAUGACUGCCUUUCCUUUGCCUGCCUUUUCCUAAACGAACAGAUCCAAACUCCAUUCCUCUGAUGUCAUUAUGUUGUUUUUGCUGUUGAUUGCAGCUCCUGUUGUAGACGCGGAAGCUCCAUAUUUUCUCAGAUCGGACAUGGGAACCAUAGUCUUCGCCGGGUUGUUCAUCAUGACCUUGAUGCUGCUGGGUGUGGUCGUGGUCUAUUUGUUGAAGAAGAGGAGGGCUGAAGAACGCAAGGCUCUCAUUGCAUUUGAUUAGAGAAGUGGAACUGGAUUUGUGCCUGACCAGGAUCAUGUGACUGACCAUACUUCUGGUUUACCCAAAGUAAAGCACGUCUUUCUUUUUUUUCAAUCAAAUUUGUAUUUACUUUUAACAACAAAUUAACACUAGUUUACAUACUGAA